ACAUAUCGUCUAUUGAGUUUCACAAAUGGUAAGUAUAUGAAAAUAUUUAUAAAUAUUUAUGUAAAACCACAGUGUAAGGACCUGUGGGCAAAAAUAUAAUACAAUACAUAAAAUCCAGGGCCCGGUUGUUCGAAACCUGGGUUAACUUAAUCACUGAUUAACACUAACUAUGAGUUAAAUUCCUUAACCCAGGGUUGGCUAAUCACUGGUUAAAAAUCCGUUGCUGAAACACACUUUUGACUCUGGGUUAGCAAACCCAGGGUUAGUUUUCACUAACCCAGGGUUAACUGGAGUUGACCAAUGAAAGCAAAGUAAACAACUUCCCAUAAUUCUAUUCUUUAUUUACUUCUGUCAAAUUUGUUCGUCUGCUAGGUCAUUUUUUAAGAGUUAAUUAAUUACACAAUGAAUAGCAAACGCAAUCCGAAUUUUGAUAUUCGCGAAGUCUCUGUUAUCGUGGACUAUGUGGCACAACAUAUAGAAACAUUAAGGGCGAAAUUGACUAACAGUGUUACAAACGAAAGAAAACAAAAGCUGUGGACUACGCUGACAGCUGAACUGAACUCUUUGGGUAUCGCACUAAGAAACCCCGACACAGGUGAAAGAGAAAUGGAGAAAAUUAUACGCGGCAGCAAAAAAAAAAGAAUGCCGAGAUAAUUAAGUGUACGCGUUUGACAGGUGGGGGACCCGCCCCCAAAGAACUGUCGCCAGUGACGGCGAAAAUCGUCGACAUUUUUGCGGACGACCCCAGCUUCAUUGGGCUCCCAGACGGUCUGGAGACCGUCAUUGGUCCCAUCGAAAAGUCAUUGACUAAUGAACAAAAGAGUGUUGACGAAGAAGUGGAAGAAGACAUUAUUGACUUAAACCUCAGUGAUGAAAGACCAUUCGCCCCAGGUAGCAGCUAUGUGGACAUGAGCACUAGUCCAAAUGAGGUUCAGCCGGAGCCGGAAACGUCACAAAAUAUGGAAAAACCCAGAAAAAGGAAACAUUCUUUGAUGAAAUCCGGUGGACAACAUAAUGAUGUUGAGCAUUUGAAGAAAACAAGAACAGGAAUGCCUGGAGAUGAGCUUAAAAAUUUGCAGAUGGCUGUUCUUAAAGAGGAAUUGGCAAAAAUAAAAGAAGAGAGAGAACUUAACCAGUUGCAGAAAACAAAGCUGCAGCUUCAAAUUAAUUUUAUAAAAGGACAUCAAAGUCCACAAUACAUAUUUGACUUGUGCAUGGAACAGUAGUCAUUGUACAUCCGUCUUUAGACGGGCGUGUAAUAAUUGGAUGAUGUUCCAUUGUUUGUUGUAUGGCUCAUUAGCCAGCCUGUCUUUGAUUUU